CGGAGCGCGGCCGGGCAGCGUCGCUGGGAGCGAUCGCCGUGUCCCGGGGAGGGGCCGGCGCCGACGCCCGGGAAACGUCCCGAGGGGGAAGCGGCCGGGGCAGCGGGACCAGGAAGGCUCCCGGUCAUUGCCGUGCCGGGAGCUCCGGGUGCCGCCUCCGCGGCGGCCUGACAUGAGCUCAUCGGCGGCGGCGGCGGCAGCAUGGCCUGUGCCCGGAGGGACGGCGAGGCGGACGGCGAGCCCGACCGCUCCCUGCGGCACAUGCUGCGGGCGAUAGCGGAGGAGCGGAGCCGCGCCGGCCUCCGGCACGACAUCAGCGGCCUCGGGUGUUUCAAAGAUGACCGUAUUGUGUUCUGGACUUGGAUGUUUUCAACGUAUUUCAUGGAGAAGUGGGCCCCCCGGCAGGACGAUAUGCUCUUCUAUGUCCGUCGGAAACUGUCCUACGUCAGUGGGGAGAGUACUGAGGGUAAAAAGGUUGAAGUUGAAGUUUACCGGAGAGAUUCUAAGAAGCUUCCUGGCUUGGGAGACCCUGACAUUGACUGGGAAGAGAGUGUCUACUUAAACCUCAUCCUGCAGAAGCUGGAUUAUGUGGUGACCUGUGCUGUGUGCACACGCUCUGAUGGAGGAGAUAUUCAUAUUCACAAAAAGAAAUCUCAGCAAGUGUUUGCCUCUCCAAGCAAACACCCGAUGGACAGUAAAGGAGAGGAGUCAAAGAUCAGCUACCCCAAUAUAUUCUUCAUGAUUGACAGUUUUGAGGAGGUUUUCAGUGACUUGACUGUGGGAGAAGGAGAAAUGGUCUGUGUGGAGCUAGUGGCCAGUGAUAAAAGCAACACCUUCCAAGGGGUGAUUUUCCAGGGGUCCAUCCGCUAUGAAGCACUCAAGAAGGUCUAUGACAACAGGGUGAGUGUUGCAGCUAAGAUGGCUCAGAGAAUGUCUUUUGGCUUUUAUAAAUACAACAACAUGGAGUUUGUCCGAAUGAAAGGACCACAGGGAAAAGGACAUGCAGAGAUGGCAGUGAGUAGAGUUUCCACUGGUGACACUUCACCAUAUGGGACAGAAGAGGAUUCAAAUCCAGACUCCCCAGUGCAUGAGAGAGUUACUUCUUUCAGCACACCACCAACCCCAGAACGUAACAACCGCCCAUCCUUCUUCUCCCCAUCCCUCAAGAGAAAAGUGCCCCGAAAUCGAAUUGCUGAGAUGAAAAAGUCCCAUUCAGCAAACGACAGUGAGGAGUUCUUCAGAGAUGAUGAUGGUGGAGAUCUGCACAACGCGACAAAUCUCCGGUCGCGAUCUCUGUCUGGAACGGGACGCUCGCUGGUCGGCUCGUGGCUGAAGCUGAACAGAACAGAUGAAAACUUUCUACUCUAUGCACACUUAACAUACAUCACUUUGCCAUUGCAUCGAAUUUUAACAGAUAUCCUGGAAGUGCGGCAGAAACCAAUCCUGAUGACAUAGCAGAGGGCGGGCACUGCCUUGGAGCCUUGUUGCCAAGUGCCUAUCCACAGCGGUUUUCCGUGCUAACACUACCAUCUAGUGUCAGGAACAUAGACCUCCGCAGGAAAAAGGGAAGUCCAGGAAUACCAGCCGAUCAAAAGUGCCUCUUUCUUCCUUCCUCUGCUGUCACACACCGAAUGCCCACAUGACUGGAGUGUUUCUGACUGGAAGAGGACUUUCAGCAAGAUAAAAUAAGAAGGGGCUGCAUUUAAACUGAGUCAACACUUUAUGGACAGUUUGCUACUGUGUUUACUUUAUAACUAAGAAGCCAACAAUAUGUACAGAAUGUGCUAAACUUUAUAUUCUUUGGGAGAAACAUUCUAAGAAUUUCAUAAUGAUGUGCUAUUGGACAUUCCUCCAUAGACUCUGGCCAUAGCCUCUCCUCGUCUGAUCAGCCAUUUGUGAGUGUGUGAGUGUGUGUGUGCGUGCGUGUGUGUGUGCGGAGCGGAGCAGGGAGAGAGCAGCUUCCUGCUAAGGGAAGAAAAGGAAAAAGAUGCAUUGCUGUUUUAGUACGUGCAGCAGGUCAGGUCAGAGCUUAAAAGAGGCUGAAAGUGUUCCCAUUUUUCAUGUGUCAGUGUUAGGACAGGUGAACUCUGCUGACAGAUUUCCAUAUCUACCAAAGAACAGCAACAUUUUCAUCCUCAAGAGCUGGCUAAGAAAAUGAGCCAGUGAAAAGAAGGUUAAAAUGUGCUGCUAUAGUAAAGCUGAGGUUCAUCUCCAGUACUAAUGCUGCUUAUCUUCCUCUCAGUUGAGUCAAUACCAGUUUGAGUCUAAAGUGAAAAAACAGGAGACUAUAAUGGGUCUCCAUAGGCCUAAAACCUUACCAGUAACCCAUCCUCCUGCAUGCACUGGACUUGAGAGUUGGUAGUCGUCCUUGUGUUACCCUUUGUAGCCAAGGAGGGCAUAGGAGCUGGUUUAUGGUCAGGCAGCCUGGCCGGAUUUUCCAUCUCUGGUUGUUACAUGCUGAAGCACAGAGAGCUUUCUUGAAAUACAAAAGAUGGAAACAUAAUUCUGUUCUGAAAAGUGACUAAAAAUUGCAUCGUGGGAGGUCUGAAAAUGGUGUGUCAGGAGCUCUCAGGAAAACAGCCUUAUGUUUACACAUGAAUUUCAGCUCUCUCUAAACAGCAAAACUGCUGGCCUUGACAUUUGAAAACAAAAUUAUUGAAUGCUGAGGUUACUGUGCUCUGGCUGACUAUUUUGAUGAGAGCCAGUACAUACUUGGUCUAUUUAGGACCACACAGCAGUGGGAGGGGUGGCAUGUCCCUUGGGGCACGUGAGACUCCAGUGCAUGCACAAAGGGAGAGUGAAGAUGCCAUUUUUGUCACUUUUCAGACUCUGAGCACCUAAACCUGAUGCUGUGGCAUGUGCUCUGAGCCUGGACCUUUGUCUCCCUCGUACCUGGUCUUUCCAAAGUGCUUUGUUGUUACUUCUUACAGUAGCAUCUAAUGACUUAACCUCUCAAAUAGGACUUACUGCUUUUUUUUUCUCAGGCUAGAUUCCGUGGAAAUAGCUCCACUUCUGCAUAAAGGCAGACCAAAUUUGUCCUUCAGCCCAACCUGAUCCUUACCUCCAGCAUGGUAAGGAGGUCUGUCUGUCUUUGAGGCCAGGCCUGGAAGCUGCCACCUUAGCACAACAUGGUGGCCUUCCUUACACUGGCAGCAUGAGUGUAUGACAGGGACAGCUGACCUGUUUUCAGUUGGCUUCAAAUGUGUUGCAAGAAAAUGCUAGAAAAAUGUUCCCUUUGUCAUUACCAGCACACCCACUUUUCAUGCUGCAGCCUUGGAAUGUUGCCUGUGGUCUGUGUGGAUGUGAGGGUGUUUCCACCAUCUAACGUGGUUGCCCCAGGCUUUCUCCCUGAGCCCAGGGAGAGGUGGAGUCCUCACACAGCAGCUGAAGUGCCCUCUCAAGGAACUUGCCAGGCAGCCUGGGUGGGUACCUGAGAUCCCUACAGGUAGUGUGCCUGGCAUCAGUCAGUACAAAUACUCUCUCUUUGCCCAUGCUGAGAAUUAAACCACUUCUCAGCUAGAAAACAAGCUUUUCAAUGUGCUCCUUACUCUGCACUUUCAUACUGCUGGGCUGGGCAAAUCAGUACUUGGUUUUCCUUCGAAUGUUCAUUGCAGAGGGAAGGGAGAGAGGGUUCACAUUUGUACUAAUCGUGACAAUUGAUACCUUUCAGUCGGGCAGCCAGAGGAACAAUGUAAAAAAGAAGUAUCCAGAUAGGACCCUCAGUCGUAGGGGCCUGAACACUUCUCUGUGGACAAGAAUUUGUAAUGCUCCCUUGGUGUUGUGUAUUAUGUUUAGGUGGCUUAACUUUGUGUGAUUUGAAAGACUGAGAAAAUCUUGCCGUGUAAGAUUUCAAAGCAAAAUGAGGAAUGAUUCUAAGCUAGUGCAUUAGUUUAAAAGCAGUGCUAUGGAAGGUACAGUUUAGAUCCUACAUCUGUGUUUCAGGAGGUAUCAUCUGCUUUGUUACAUGUAUGUGCUUGGAUUUUGAUGUCUAGUGUUUGAAGGGCUGUAAUGUCCUAAAAAAAGUGAAUUUAUUUCUUGUAUCUUGCUAGUGGGAUAUGCUAUAGGUACAUUGAUGACUCACCUUUUCUAGUAGAAAAGGACUACAAGUAUGCCCUCAUGGACAUCCGUGGAAAAUAGAGGUCAAAAAGUCUACUGAAUGUCAAUAGUGCUUUUUGGAAGCAAAGAUGUUCCAGAUUCUCAGUUAUUCCUUCUUUAAACAACUGUCUUGGACUUCUUAUGUAUAGCCAGUGGUUCCCACUUUUUGUUAUCAAAUUCCACAUUUUGUUCUGCUUUUAAACAAACCCUGAAAAUUGUCCUUGUGUGGACGUAUUGGCAGAGAAUUUGAUCAAAAUUCUGUUUGGGUCAGGAUGGCACAGCUGGACCCUUAGCAUGGUAUUGCACUACAUCAAAAAAAAAAGUGAAUGUUAGUAAGAACCUCUCACCCUGUUAAUUUGGAGGGGGUUUAAUUUUGUAGCUCCUAAGCAGUAAACUGGAUUCCGCUCCUGUUGGCCAUUGAAGUGAUUGCUGCCGAUGGAGCUGGCGUGUCCUGCAGUGCCAUGAAGCCUGCUUGGUUGUCAUUGUCUUAAUGCUUGGAGCACAGUGUAUUUCAUUAGUUAUGCUGAUGUUUGAAGAUGCAGCUCAGUUAACAAAUUUGGGAAACUUUGCAGAACAGCUAUCUUUCCUUUUGGAAUUCCACCAUACCUCAUUGCUCAGUUAACUCCUUCCAUCCUUCUGCCCAUUCACUCCCUCUGGAGAUCAAGGCUUACCACUUGAGCUCUCCACAGAUGUCAAAUACAAGGAUGUGAAUCUUUUCACCCAUAACAAGUUUUUCACUGCUAUUGAUUUAACCAGUAUAAAAAACUUGGGAUUUUUUGUUUUGUUUUGGUUCGGUGGGGGGAUUUUUUGGGUUGUUGUUUGUUUUUUGUUUUUUUGGUUUUUUUUUUAAGAAAGCUCUUAAAUCAAUUAUUCUGUACUAGCCGAUUAUUGUGCUGCCUUAGAGACCACCAUGUAUGUGAAAUUAUGUUCUCUUGCUGCCAGCCAGGACAAGGUGGAUACCAAAUCUCCUUUUAAAAGAAGAUGCUUUUAGAAACUCUGUGAGUCUUUCAGCUGUCUCGGCUAAUCCAGUUUGUGUUGGUUCCUGUUCCUUCUCUUUUUCUUCUCCUGGUCUUCAUUGUUUACAAGGCUUGGGCAUGUUGGGCUCUGGAUUGCUGUUACUAUUUUUAUAGUUUUCUAUUUCUGGGCAUGGUGUGCUUUCCAGAAAAGAGAAUUGUUUGCACAGGUGGCUUUUCACAGUAAUAUGUUUUUCCCAAAGUAUGUUCAUUAUUUAGACAGUGAAGUCCUUGGCUCUGCAGACAGAUUUCUUCCAGCAGACCCUCAUGUACAGAAUCCCAUCUGAUCACUGAAAUUCUGUAUGGAUGUGGAAUCCAGGGAAAUAGACUACACUGUUAGACUAUUGACCUGUUUCUUGCCAGUCAUUAAUUGUUCUUUUAGAGAUGAUUUCUUGUCCUGUAUUUUGUAGUCUGAAGCUUCCAUAUUAAAGACAGAUGUAAGAUAAAAUCUUCUGAAGUGCCUAAGCCCUGUUGUUACUCAGUGGGGUUUAAGAACAAAUUUUUAUUUAAGAAAAUAAUUUAUUAAUCUUAAAUUCUAUGUGUGUUGUAUGUAGCAGUGUCAAGAAAUGACAAGUUUAUAGUUCUUGGAUGAACAGUGUCUCUCAUAUGAAUUCACUCUUUGUAUUUGAAAGACUCUCAUGGUUUCCAAAGGUCAUGGCUGAAAGCUCUGGAAAGUGGAUUUCCUGUGGUCACAGCAAUCAGAUGUCUGCAAAUGCCUUACCCAUUCUGCAAGGUAUGACUGCAAGUGUGUGGUGCUGGUGUGUAGAAAUUCUGUGUCAAAAAUAGGUACGGUUAUCCAGUUAAAGGCAUUGUGAAGUAAGUAGCUUUUACACAAAACCUUAAACAAAAGAGUAUUUUACACCAGAAUGUAGCUGUUUGGAUACUUGGUCAAGAUAAUACUAGUCUGCAAGCAGGUUCCAAUGUUGAAUGUUCUCUAUGUAAAUAUAUAAAUAUUCUCAGCCUAAUUUUAUCAGCCUAACACGUUGCAUGGUUUGGGUUUUAUUUGCCUCAUCGAUCAUUGGUGUUGCUUAAAAGGUGAUGGGUUGAAAAUUGUGAUGGCACUGUCCUGAGCCAUUUGAACAAAGAGCAAGGAGAACGUUGUGCACCAAAAAUCAAGUUGACUGUGCUUAUGGCAGCAGUGAAGAAAGUGUUGGACCCUGCAGCAAAUAAACAGACCUCUUAAAUGAC